AUGUUACUCUCCAAAGACGACGCGCUCCAUUACACGUACGACUCGGAACAUGUUCAGAUCGAAGCAUGGGGUCCGAACGCUCUUCGUGUCCGCGCAACAAAACUGCAUACCUGGCCGUCCGGAGACUGGGCUUUGACAAUCGCACCGCAGAAAUCUAAGCCGACAAUAACGGUCCAGGACAAGUCUGCCGAAAUCACCAACGGAGGCAUCACAGCCAGCAUCUCGUCCCGCGGCAAGAUCAUCAUCACCAAUGCAAAGGGGGAACGACUGUUAGAGGAGUACCAGCGGAACAGGCUCGAUGUCGAAGAUCCAAAAUGCAGCGCUCUUGAGGUGGAAGCCCGAGAGUUCAAACCUCUGCUUGGCGGCGACUACCACUUGACCUAUCGACUUGAGUCCGUCGACAAGAAGGAGAAGAUCUACGGCAUGGGACAGUAUCAGCAACCGUUCCUUGACCUCAAGGGCCUUGACCUGGAAAUGGCUCAAAGGAACUCUCAAGCAAGUGUACCCUUCAUGUUGUCCAGUUUGGGAUAUGGCUUGCUUUGGAACAACCCAGCCGUCGGACGAGCAGUGCUGGGAAAGAAUAUAAUGAGCUUCGAAGCCCAAUCAACCAAGUUUAUGGAUUACUGGAUCGUUGCCGGCGACACACCGGCUCAGAUAGUGGAGGCAUAUGCGGACGUGACUGGGAAAGUACCCAUGAUGCCAGAAUAUGGGCUUGGUUUUUGGCAAUGCAAGCUUCGAUAUCAAACGCAAGAAGAGCUCCUGGGUGUUGCAAGAGAGUAUCGCAAGAGAAAUCUGCCUCUGGAUGUCAUUGUCGUCGACUUCUUUCACUGGCCAAAGCAAGGAGAAUGGAAGUUUGAUCCCACGUAUUGGGAAGAUCCCGAUGCCAUGAUUAAAGAACUCCAAGCGAUGAAAGUCGAACUCCUUGUCUCCAUAUGGCCGACGGUUGAUAAGCGGUCCGAGAACUAUAACCAUAUGCUAGAACAUGGUCUGUUGAUUCGACAAGAUCGAGGUCUCAGGGUGUCUAUGGACUUCCAGGGAGACACCGUCCAUGCCGACUUUACCAACCCGGCAGCCAGAGAUUUUGUCUGGAAGACCGUCAAGAAGAACUAUUAUGAUAAGGGUGUCAAACUCUUCUGGCUCGAUGAAGCUGAACCGGAGUACAACGUGUACGACUUCGACCUGUAUCGCUAUCACAGUGGCAGCGUCUUGAGCACGGGAAAUGCAUACCCUGUUGACUAUGCUCGAGCCUUCUAUGAAGGAAUGGUCAAGGACGGCAAGCAGAAGGAUGUCUGCAAUUUGAUCCGUUGCGCCUGGGCAGGAAGCCAGAAAUUCGGUACCCUUUUGUGGAGCGGUGACAUCGCUAGCAGUUGGAGCAGCUUCAGAGACCAGUUCGCUGCAGGUCUGAAUGUUGGGAUUGCAGGAAUACCCUGGUGGACAACUGAUAUUGGUGGUUUCCAUGGUGGAAAUCCCACACACCCAGAGUUCCGAGAAUUAUGCACGAGGUGGUUCCAAUAUGGUUGUUUCUGUCCUGUAUUCCGCUUGCACGGCCACCGUGAGCCGAUGCAACCUCAGCACGGCACGACUGGUGGUGCGACGUGCAUCUCAGGGGCUCCCAAUGAGGUCUGGUCCUAUGGAGAAGAAUGCUACGAGAUCAUGAAGAAAUACCUGCUUCUCCGCGAGAAGCUUCGUCCUUAUGUCCGCCAGCUCAUGACCCAGGCGCACGAGAAAGGAACUCCGGUGAUCCGGACAUUGUUCUUUGAAUUCCCCAAGGACCAGGCCUGUUGGGACGUGGAAGACCAGUAUAUGUUCGGACACAAAUACCUCGUCGCUCCGGUCAUGUAUAAAGGCGUGGACAAGAAGACGGUAUACCUGCCCAAGGGUGCGACGUGGAGGAGGUUUGAUGAUGGAGAGAUCAAAGAUGCCGAGAACCUCCCAGGAGGGCAAACGAUCGACGUUAGCUGCCCACUGGCAGUUAUGCCUGUCUUUGAGAGGAUCUAG